UUGCUACCGUAACUUGCUAUUUCUUUUCUGUUUUUCUCUUUUGACUUGAAAUAAUUACUAUAAAUAUAAUUUGUUGUGAUUAAAAAGACGGCCUAUGUUAGCAAUGCUACUAAAAAUGAACAAUAUUUGUAGAAGUUAUACAAUAAAAUAUAUGAAAAAAUUACAGCAAAGACAGUCAUCGAUGAAAACUGAACAAAAAAAUACUAAAGUAGCAAAUGAUGUUAUUAAUUAUUUACAAAAUAUACCUGAAUAUACUGGACUUUUAGAAAAUUUGCCAAAGUCGUUGUUAAGAAAAUAUAGGACUCCAGAAAAUAUGUAUUUAAUAAACAAAAAUACAGCUGACAAAAUUCUAAAUACUUUAAAACCUCAUAUCAGGCCAGAAAAUCCCAUAAUCGAAGUGAAUCCUGGAAUGGGUUUUCUAAGUGAAAAGUUAAUUACGAAUUUAAAUAAUAAUCUAUACAUGUUUGAAACAUCUAAUCAUUUUCUUCCACAACUUAGUAGAUUAAAAGAUGAACAUCCUCAUAAAGUGGAGUGUAAAGUUGCAGAUUUCUUUGGCAUGUGGAAGUUGGCCUUUCAGGAUAAAAUGGAUAAUGGAAACAGAAUAAAGGAACUACUUGGUGAUCUUUCCACGCAUGAUAAUAAUAGAAUUGUUAAAAUAAUUGGAGCAAUGCCAGGUUUAAACUUUAUCAAGCAUCUAAUCAACAAUAUUGUUUUUCAUGAUAUGAACAAUCACCUAGGCAAACCAGAUCUUUUCAUUACUAUGCCAGGAUAUAAUUAUGAGUUUCUUACAGAUUCUCAAGUACAAACUGGCAAACAUAAGUCACUUCCAGCUCUUUUCCAAUUAUUAUUUGACUUUAAAGUAUUGGGCAGUGUACCAAAAGCACACUUUUUACCAUGGACAUAUCCACCUAAUAUCAAGAAACUAUCUGUGAUGGAUGAAUGCAACAUGUAUCUUGUGAACAUAACACAAAAGGACAAACUACCUUGUCAAUCAGAGUAUUUACCGCUACUGUGGUAUUUUUUCAAACCCCAUGUAUUUUCUAUGUCCACAAAAGUUAUACCAAUGUUAGAGCAAUGGAUACCUGGGUGUGGAGUAUGGCUUAUAUCAGGGCAAGAUCCUCCAGACACCAAUAAAAAUAUUUCACCAGGAGAGGAUGAUGCUGAACUUCCUCAUAUGACUAUAUUCACAGAAUUUGGAGAUUUAACAUUGAAACAAAAAGUAACAGUUUUCAAAAGGUUUGUAUCGUGGCCAGAGUUUGAACAAUCCCCUUUUAAAGUAACUAUGGAAAAUAACUUGCCAAAGUUCGUCUUACACCUUGAUGACGAUGGCAAAGACAACAUUGGCACUCACAUCGAAGAGGACAUGGAACAUUCAGAUACUGAAAUGGACGCGUAAAGAUAACAUAAUUUUAAGAAUAAAACAAUUAUUAUGUAAAUAUCAAAUUAUUUCAUUGGCGU